UUGGCUUAGUGGCUCCGAUUUAGGAAUUAUUAUGUAGGGAGGAGGAAAUAGUGACUGUUCUCUUUAGUAAACUAAAUUAUUAUCAAAGUUGUGGGAAUGCAGGAAAAAGUGGCAGUGACUCACUGGAAAAGGAACUGAGUAAACAUAGGCUGUUAUUUAGUCUUGCUGAGAGGGAAGAAAGAUUUAUUCAGCCAUUUCCACAUUUAAUUUCCAGAGGAAAAAUUCUUUGUUUGCACCACAAGUGGUUACACACCUAGAACUAUGUAUUAUUCUAUCCACAUCCUUAUAUCUUUAAGGAGAAUUCAGAGUUUGAUUCUUCACUUUUAAUCAACUUCCUGCAGCCCUAGGCAGCUUCCCCACUUAUCUGGGCUUAAAUUCUCCAUCUUCACGCAAGAGGUGGAUGAUGAUCCCAUCUGUUACAUUUUUUAGAUGUGCAUUUAGACUGUAGGCUAAUGUGGCUAGCCGUCCCUAAUUCUCCAAGAUAGUCCUGAAUUUUGAGCCAUGUGCUAGAGGGCACCCUGAAAAGGGACAUUUUCCCCCUGAACUUUAAAAAUUGGUCCUAGAUUCACACCAGGCAGCAUCCUGCUGUAAGGACACAACACAAUGCUAGCCCAUGGCUGCCUCCCAGAGCCAAUGUAGUAGUCUAGCCAUACCUUGCACUCAAGACUAAUUAGCUCUGCUUGUCAAGUCAUUUGAAUGCAGCUACCGUGUUUCUGCUGGAGGUUUCUAUAACACAACGCUGUGAUGGCCAAGCUACCCACAGCCAACAGCGAGGGAAACUGCUCCCAGUCCUGGAGGCACGUCAAGCCUUGUGCUGUUUCCUCUUAGAAGAGCAUGUCCUGGAUUUUACUUCUUGAAAGGUGGUCACCCCAUCACUUGGAAAUGCGGUGCUCUCCUCAACACAGCGUACGAGAAGCAAAAAACUUAAUCCCCAUGGAUCCAAAUGGACUUUCAGAUCCAUAUGUGAAGCUGAAGCUCAUCCCUGACCCUAAGAAUGAAAGUAAACAAAAAACAAAAACCAUCCGUUCCACUCUCAACCCACACUGGAAUGAGUCAUUUACAUUUAAAUUAAAACCUACAGACAAAGAUCGACGGUUAUCUGUAGAAGUUUGGGACUGGGAUCGAACAACUAGAAACGAUUUUAUGGGAUCUCUUUCAUUUGGGGUAUCGGAGCUUAUGAAAAUGCCAGCAAGUGGAUGGUACAAAUUGCUUAAUCAAGAAGAAGGUGAAUAUUAUAAUGUCCCAAUUCCAGAUGCUGGUGAAGAUGGAAAUGUAGAGCUGAGACAGAAAUUUGAGGGUAAAAGAACUGCCCGUGAUAAGAAAGCCAGACUUGGGCCAGCUGGUAACAAAGUCAUUACUCCAAAAGGAGACAGGAUUUCCACUCUACCAUCCAACAACAUAGAUAACGUACAACUGACAGAUUUCAACUUUCUCAUGGUGCUUGGCAAGGGGAGUUUUGGAAAGGUGAUGCUGGCAGACAGGAAGGGGACAGAAGAGCUGUAUGCAAUCAAAAUACUGAAAAAAGAUGUGGUGAUUCAGGACGAUGAUGUAGAAUGUACCAUGGUUGAAAAGCGAGUCCUAGCACUACAAGACAAGCCACCUUUCCUAACACAGCUGCACUCUUGUUUCCAAACAGUUGAUCGUCUGUACUUUGUUAUGGAGUAUGUGAAUGGCGGUGACCUCAUGUAUCACAUUCAGCAAGUAGGGAAAUUUAAGGAGCCACAAGCAGUGUUCUAUGCAGCUGAGAUUUCAGUUGGGUUAUUCUUUCUCCAUAUUAGAGGAAUUAUUUACAGAGAUCUGAAAUUGGAUAAUGUGAUGUUGGAUUCAGAAGGACACAUUAAGAUUGCUGAUUUUGGAAUGUGCAAAGAAAAUAUGUCAGAUGGAGUAACGACCAGGACAUUCUGUGGGACUCCAGACUACAUUGCACCAGAGAUUAUUGCAUAUCAACCCUAUGGAAAAUCAGUGGACUGGUGGGCUUAUGGUGUGCUGUUGUACGAGAUGCUAGCUGGCCAGCCUCCAUUUGAUGGGGAAGAUGAAGAUGAGCUCUUCCAGUCCAUAAUGGAGCAUAAUGUUUCCUAUCCAAAAGCACUGUCCAAAGAAGCUGUUUCUAUUUGCAAAGGGUUGAUGACUAAACAUCCUGCAAAACGGCUUGGCUGUGGGCCCGAAGGGGAGCGGGACAUCAGGGAGCACGCCUUCUUCAGGAGAAUCGACUGGGAGAAACUGGAGAACAGAGAGAUUCAGCCUCCGUUCAAGCCUAAAGUGUGUGGCAAAGGUGCUGAAAACUUUGACAAGUUCUUUACCAGAGGACAACCAGUAUUAACGCCGCCCGAUCAGCUGGUCAUUGCCAACAUCGACCAAACAGAUUUUGAAGGGUUCUCAUACAUCAACCCACAGUUCAUACACCCCUUCUUACAAAGUGUAUGAACCUUACCGAUACGAACAAGCCUCACAGUGGGAAAUGGUCCUUAAUCCUAGAAUUUUUAGGCCUUUGCCUUGUUGAUUCCAGUUGGGCCUCAAAAUUGUAGGGUUAGAAGCAUAGGAGGAAGAAAAAGGCCAGUUAUUAAGGAUUUGACUUUGCAACAGAGAUAUUGUCUUAGAGAUCAUGUAAUAUACAGUGCCCAUUCAUUCAGCGUGAAGUCACUACUGGCUGUAGGUUACUCUUCUAAAGUUAAACUUUUUUGGUACGUUAUAAUACUUUCAUAAACUUCCGUUGUCGUCUGCCCCUUGCCCACUAGCACUGGAAUUUUUAACUAAACCACACUGGGGGGGAUUUUUUUUUUUUUUUUUAAAAAGCACAGAGUGGACUAAAAAUCCCCAAACACCGUAAAAUGGAAAGCCUUCCGAUCUUAAUGCAGAUGGCAUGAGAAGCGAGCACCUAGCCCCGAGGGACCGCUCCUCCUCGAGGGCUUCCCGAUGAUUCCCGAUAGAAUGAUAGCACAAGAGACUGAAAAGGAAGGGUAACCAGGAGGGCAUCGUGGAAAACUUCAAACCAAAAAAAAAAACCAGUUGUUUUAAAAACACGAAAUAAAGUCAGACUCUUGGGCUUUGUCAAUUGAUCAUGUGAAGCAGAGACGAAUGUAAGAACAGAAUAGUGACCAGAUGUUUUUCAAACAUUGCAAAUGACAGAUGUUAGUUCAAGAGUGAAACUGCAUAUUUAAUAAUAAUAAUAAUAAUAAUAAUACUUCUAUUACUUCAAUCUCCAUGAGAUUAUUCUGUGAUCCAGGGUGCCAUUCUUAGUUGUACUAAUUUAAUUUACAGCAUUCAUGAUUUUGUUGUUAGCCAGUCCCAUUAAAAAUCUUUUUGCUGUUUAAAAAAAACCCCAAAAACCUGUCAUUUAGCUAAGUGUGCAACAGAACUGUAACUGCAUAUGCCCUACUUGGAUAUAUUUAAUAGGAUGCAGGGUAGGGUGGUAAGUGAAAGCACUCUAUGCAGUGACUUACUGAAAGUACGUAGCUCGGUCACUUCUUGCUUUUCCCAGGAUCCUUAGGAAAAUAAAAAUGAGACUUUCUAAAAAAUCAUCCCUUUUAACAUUUCUUUAAACUGCUGGCGCUGUGGAAUAAUGGAGCCAAUAAGGAAAAAAAAACAGCCAAGUUGUUUUAUCAGUUGAAGGGAAUUUAACGUUUUGCAGAUGCUUCAUGCAAUGAAAUUUGCAUGUUUAGUGACAAACCUUAAUAAUAAGGGUUAAUAAUAACCAAAUCUAUAUUGACAUAAUUGCAUCAAAUAUAAAGAGUAUUAUAAAAAUUUUAUAAAAACAAAAUUGUGCUAUAUUUGUGAAGGUUCGUGGUCUGAAUGACAUGAUUUAGAUCUAGUUUAAUGUUUUAUUGCUCAUUUUGGGGUUUUUUAUUUUUGGAUAGUUUCAAUGGCAUAGAUUAUGUUUUUUUAGGUUUUUUUUAAUGUAGAUCUACUUGUAAACAAUAAUGGCUACCUGCAGGUUUUAUACAGGAGUCGAUUUGGCUGUCAUUUCAUGUCUGCUUUUUACUUGCAAAAAAAGAGCAAAACACUUUAUUUGCAAUGAUAGACACCAUAAUAAAUACAGUCCUCUCCUCUCCUCUCCAUCACCUGGUAAAAAUAAUUGAUAUUUCCUCUUAGCACUUACUAGAACAUAUUGAUUCAAAGAUCAGUAAAUACUUUUGUGCAUAUUUUAGUUUUGUUACAGCAUGUAAAAUGAUAUUGUUGUUGUGUUUUCCUUUUCUUUUAAAUCCGUUUGCCUUGGUAAUGUUAACAACCUUGGGCACUGUUUGCCUCUGGACGUGCAUGUCAAUGCCAGAAGCAUGUUGUCUCAAUACCUGCAUGCAGAGUGAUGACCAUUGUUCCAGCAUGCAAACAUACUCUCAUGCAAAGUAGAACAUUUGCCAUAAGACUUACAAUUGUAUCCAAACCUAUAAUGGGGGGAGCAACUCACUUAUCCGUUUUAUUACAACAAAGCAUUUAAACCGUGCCAAAAGAACCCAGACAAACAGGGUGGGGAAAAAAAACACACACUAUACAUAAAGGGUCCAAUCUUGCAAAUUCUUCCUCAUAGAAACAGUCAUUGCUUAGCAAGUGGUCGGGCACUCACUGGCAAGUGCAGUCCAGCUAGCAGCGGGUGAAAUCAAGUAGGCUUAAAACUAAUGCACCUCUUCCGCUCUCAAAAGCUGUAUUUUAGCAUGUAAGUGAUGCCUAGUGUGGACAUUCUCCAUACAAAUUCAUUUGACCCACACCUAGUCCCAGUAUGAUCACUGAGAUGGCUCACUGCACACCUGAGUGAAUGCAUUCACAACUGGACCUUAAAUCAACGGUUACUGGAGAACUGAACCUUUUAAAAGCGUAGAGAAGCAAGGGAGGAACGUUAUGGUCAGCACCAGAACCUGGGCUAUUGCCCAACCACAGAAAAUACUAAAACGAAGCUGAAGCCACAUUAGAGACUGAAAAAUUGUUCCGUGUCAAAAUAUUAAAAACUACCCCAGAGAAGGAGUUCUUUUGUUUGUCAUUCAUGCAUCUUUUAAAAAGUGGGUAUUCAAUGUAAAGCGUGUUAACAUUUACAGUAUUUUGCAGUCCUCUAUAAUUUUUCUAGUUACUUACCAGCAUUUAACCUGACACACAGGAUAGGGAUAGCAGGAUAUCAUGCCAUAGAUGAUAGUAGGCCUGGCAUAUAAUUACUUGGACUAAUUAUAUUUCAAAUAGCUAUGGACUCUUAAUGUCACUUGUUAAAAUGACAGGAGCCAGUGCUAUCUGUGUGGGUGAUAUCUGGAUAAUAGGUAAUGAAGAAACUGUGAAAAGGAAGAGACAGAGAG